AUGAAUCAGAACAGAACACAGGAACCAUCCACCAUGAGUCAGAGUACAGCCGUUAGCGCUCAGCUGAGCAAAACCUUCAAGUAUGUGAAGAUACCUGCGGACGAGAAGGAGCCGUGUGAGGAACUGUCUAUGACUUACACCGACGCCACAGAGAUUCAAUGUCUUACUGAGAAAUUACAGAACUACUAUCGCGAGCGAAAGGGUGCUGCCGACAGCGCUGCCGAGCGUGAGGCUUUCAAAAAGCAGAUGGAAGAGAAGUUGGCAGAGCGCGCAGAAAAGGGUGGCCCGCCCGGUCCAAAGAUCACAGACGAGUUAAUGGACCAGCUUACUAAUAUGCAAACUGUGGACAUAUGCACGUUGCUGACGCCAAACGCCGAGAAUGACUACGAGAUGAUCUGUGCCUAUGUUGACGACAAGAGCGUAGCGAAGCAGUUGCCUAUCAACCGUCGAGCGCAGGCCGUCGCAUUCUCUGCGAUGCAAAAGCUCGAAUUAAGAGGAGAUGUGUUCUUUGCUAAGCUGUACGAGAAUGGUGUGGAAGACAAGUUCGGCAGAAUGGACUUCGUGCUAAAUGACCUGAUGCCCGAGGCUUCGUGGGUUCAAGCAGCACAGAAAUUCACCUCAA